AUGACAGAAUGACAGAACAGUUUUCUUUUUUCUUUUUGGAAAAAAAAGUGACUCUUAUUGGCACUUCUGGAUUUUAAUAUUCUUUUUUUGGGGGGGUGUAAAGUCUCCUAAUUUGUGAUUUAAGUUGGACAUAUGGAAUAAUUUUGACAUUUAAAGGAUGAGUUUUGAUUUAAAGUUUUUGUAAGUAUGUUUUAGCUGACAGCACUGAAGAACAAACUGCAACCACUGGGCUGAUCAUUUUUUGUUUUUCUUCCUUUUUUUUAAAAUACAUUUUGGAGUUUGAUUCACCUCAGUCCAUAAACAACACCUGGCUAUUACAGAGAUACAGACGGAUAUGUGGGGAUUAUCCCCCAACUCUGGACUAGAAACAUAAGGCCAGAAUACAACAAGCACACAGACAGGACAGAUUGCUUCAAUUGUGGAGACGGGCAGCGUGCUGUCCAACGAUCCAGCCUGACGCACGGAGACGGACAGACAGACAGUCUGAUGCCAACCGUCUCCCCUGUCAAUCUCACGGCACCACUCCUCCUCCUGUUGCUAUGGGCAACCCACCCCACCAUGGCAACCAACUGGCUCUCCCUGGCGAGGCUGCCUCGCUCCAGGCCCGUGUCUGGUGCUGCCCAAUGUGGACGGCUAAGGGGGCUGACUCCAGGGCAGGUGGGGGUGUGCAGGGCACGGGGGGAGGUCAUGGAGUCGGUACGCAAGGCAGCAGAAAUGGUCAUCGAAGAGUGCCAGCACCAGUUCAGAAACCGUCGCUGGAAUUGUUCCACCACCCCACGUGGGAUCAACGUAUUUGGCAGAGUAAUGAACCAAGGCACUCGUGAGGCGGCCUUUGUGCAUGCUUUGUCUUCAGCAGCUGUGGCAAUGGCUGUGACCCGGGCCUGCACCCGUGGGGAGUUAGAGAGGUGUGGCUGUGACAGGAAGGUCAGAGGUGUCAGCCCCGAAGGCUUCCAGUGGUCAGGGUGCAGUGACAACCUGUCCUAUGGUGUGGCUUUCUCCCAAACAUUUGUGGAUGAACCAGAACGAGCUAAGGGGCUGUCAGCAGGGCGCCCGCUCAUGAAUCUCCAUAACAAUGAGGCUGGUCGAAAGGCCAUACUUCACAACAUGCAGGUAGAGUGCAAGUGUCAUGGAGUCUCUGGCUCCUGUGAAUUGAGAACCUGCUGGAAAGUCAUGCCUCCGUUCAGACGUGUUGGCAUUGUGCUCAAGGAACGCUUUGAUGGAGCCACAGAGGUCCGCUUGACUCGAAUUGGAUUGAGGCCAGCUCUUCUACCCCGUGAUCCCCAUGUCAAACCCCCUGCUGCAAGGGACCUCCUGUAUGUUGCACCCUCUCCAGAUUUCUGUCAUCUCGACCCUGAUAAUGGUAUCCCUGGGACUGCUGGUCGGAGAUGUAAUGGGACAUCACGGCUGGCACCAGAUGGAUGUGAGCUAGUGUGCUGUGGGCCGGGAUACAGAGCAGGCCGGGCUGAGGUGGUGCAGCGCUGCUCCUGCAAGUUUUCCUGGUGCUGCUCAGUUCGUUGCCAACAAUGCAAGAAUACAGUCACUAUUCACACCUGCAGAGUGUAAAACGGCCCAUACAUGACCAGGCUGAAUGAGCAGGAAGACCCGAACAAACCACCAGACAGUCUCUACAAAACACAAAGCGGAAAAGUACAAAAAAGAUGAGGAGUUUUUUUGUUAGUCACAUCUUUGUCACCAGAUUAAAUUAAUUACUGUCCACGAGUAGACUCAUUUAAACUAAUGUUUUCCCUUUGGUUAGGCAACUCUGAUCUGAAGUUCAGAAAUCAGACCAAACAUGAAGAAAAAGAGCAGCAUCAAAGAUUAAUAAAUGCAAAGACAAUAAUCUCUUCUAUCUUAAACUGAUGCUCUAUUUAACAAUACUGAAACAGUCAGGAACAGAUGUGCAUACACACAAAUAGGCAUGAACACACACAACAGUAAAUAAAAGAUUGACCUGACAAAGCUUUUAAAGCAGAACUUAACCAAAACUAACGGAAAACGUUGCAGCAAUCUUUUUUACUUUUUGAAAACCAUUUUUAUUUUGUCUUAGACUAGGUCUUUGAACAUUUACAGUAUUUAUGUCAUCUUUUCAACUGUGGUUUAUUUAUUUGUAUAACAGUGUCUUUGCUUCAAUUCAGUCUCCAGCAGCAAAAAUUAC